AUUUCAAAGUGGGCUGGCCGACAGGGAGCCGGUGUCGAUCACUGUACACAAACCGUUGCGAACAAGUCCACGCGAGAUCGUCUGCUCUGUUUGUGGUCUGAGUAUGAUCUGCAAGAACAGUUACUGGGUCACAUCGGUUUACGUUAGGAACCUCCAGCUUAGAUUUGGGCUAGCCUAAUGUAUAUGUGAAAGUGGAAGUAAAAUAAAACUCUUGGCUUUACUGCUCGGAAACAGCAACAACAAGCACGCGCAGUUGACUCACUGUGGCGGCCUGCUAGAGAAACGAUAUAUAUUCCUGAGCUUUUGUGACUUCACCUGAGAAGAAAAUGGACGAUUCAGAGCCAGAUUUCGUGCCACAGGAUGCUAAGUCAGAAACUGAUCAAGAUACCGAUACUACAGAUUUCGUGCCACAGGAUGCUAAGUCAGAAACUGAUCAAGAUACCGAUACUACAGAUUUUGGUUGGAUCAAAUUUGGGAAGAAGAAAUUGAAGAAGGAUGACAAAAUGGAGAGGGAGCCUGUGUCUGUUCCUGGGGGUGCACACGUAUAUGACAUGACGAACAAACGCAGGGGAAUAGCACUCAUUAUCUGUAACUCGUAUUUCUCCAAGAUGCCGAUGAGAAAAGGUGCCACCAAAGAUGCCUCUAGAAUACACCAAACUUUGGCCAGCCUUGGAUUUGAACCGCACGUCCUGACCAAUCAGACCUCUGAUCAAAUGGUGUUCAACCUUGAGAAAGUUUCCAAGCAAGAUCAUGGCGAUACCGACUGUUUCCUGUGUGUCCUAAUGUCACAUGGAGAUAGAGAUGGUAUAUACGGCUCGGAUGGCAAGCCUGUCAGUGUCAAGAACAUCACUUCACUGUUCAAGGGAGAUAAAUGUCGAUCCUUGGCAGGGAAGCCCAAGCUAUUCUUUAUACAGGCAUGUAGAGGCCGUUUGUUGGACUCAGGUGUACAGGUGGAAGUCGCGGAUGGACCUUUAGGAUUCAGAAAGACUAAGAAGAUGAUUGCCUCAGUUCCCACAACAGCAGACUUUCUAAUAUCACAGUCUACAGCAGAUGAACACUUUGCUUUCCUCAACAAGAAGAAUGGCUCAGUGUACAUACAAUCUCUGGCAGAUGAGCUGACUCAGUGUGACGGGUCAGUAGAGAUUUGCACCGUACUUCAGAGAGUAGCCCGUAAAGUGGCCUUUGAGUUUGUCUCCAACACAGUGGAGGCAGAAUACCACAAGAAGAAGCAGUGUCCAGUGUAUACUUCAUCGCUUACUAAGCAGCUUUAUCUGGAUAAGUCACAGAAAAAACCCUAAUUUGGAAACUUGUCACUUUUGUGCUUCUGUUUUUAAGAGUUGAAAAAUACAUGGUUGUACAUUCAGUAUUUUGUUACGUGGAAAAUGUUCAGUGUAUACAGUAUUUUUAAAAGUAAGACAACAAAUACUAUUAUGCUGUUUAUUUUGGACAAAAGAUGGAAACAGCCACAACCAUUUUCUUCUGAUGUGCAUAGUACUGAAUUUCAUUUAUCAACUUUUAAUCUGGGAAUUAAAAAAGUGGAAACAUCAUGACGUCCUGCCACGUCACAUCAUUUGCGCCACAUGUGAUUCAGUCUACAUGGCAUACUAGCAAAACUGGGAUAGUUUGAUGUCACAGUGAAAACUAAUGCAUGAACAAAUUCUAUUAUUUUAUCUCAUGCUUGAUUGAUUAUAAAAUGGUGGCCUGGAAUUUUCUCAAAAGUUCACGUCUUUGCUUACCUUUAAUCUCGGCUGCUUACCUUUAAUCUCGGCUAGGCAGGAUCAUAAAGAUAAAAAGGUAUGCUUUUGAAACUUUGGGUGGAACACUGUAUUGAUACGUUUCGAAAAUUUAAAGACAUAUUUUCAUAAAUUUUAAUAAUACUCUCAUUUUUAAAGCACAUGCUGUAAUCAAGAUUAAAACUAAACCUUGUUAUGCCUGUUCAAGAAACAAGGACAGCCUCUAAUAUGUAUGUUAACUGGAUAGCACCACUGUGAUGAAAACUUGACAUCAGCUGAGAUCAGCUGUAGCAAUGUGGUUGUAGUACAGUGUAUCACUUGUUGCAGCACUGCACUUGUAUACAGUGUGCAACAACUGUGUCUUCAGAUUUUAUUCAGAAUUACAUGUAUAUUGAAAUGAAUAUGUUCUGAACGAGCUCAGUUUUAAUCUUUGACCGUAAAGCAUAGUUUUGAGCUUUAAUUGGCCAUUGUACAUAUACAUGUUUUUGUGAUACUUUUACUGUAAUACAUACUUUUUGUGACUCUUAAAUAGUCAAAGCUCAUUUGUCCUUGCUUGGAAAUAUGCAAGUUUUGCCAUUUGUAAUGAUACAAUGUCUUAAAUAUUACACCUUUUUACCAGAAAGAAGCUGCUUCAGCGAGGAUAUUCAUUGGGAAUUGGCAUACCUUAAUUAGCGUGAGAGUGUUCAUGUCUAGAGGAGCGUGACUCAGUGGUAACGUGUUCAUUUCCAACCACCAGGCACAUUAAGUCUAGAUUCAGUGCUGGCAUUGGACAGGGGAUUUGUAGAUACCCCACUCCUAUUGUUUACCCAGAGCACUGCCAUUUCCUCUACCCAUGUUACCAACCCUCCUCCCCCCAUCAUACUUGUAAAAAAAAGAAA